GUGGAAGGUGGAGGGAAAGAAUGGGGAACAGAGGACACCAGGCAGCAGGAAGUGACCUAAUGAGUAAGUGUAUGUCAUUUCCUGCUCUGCCCACAGGAAGUGCAGUGAACCUGACAUGCUGGGCGUGGUUUGGCUUCAGCGACAUGAGUCCGGUGCUCUACUGGCUCAAAGGAGACCGCUUCAUUGAGGAUAUGGACCAAACACGCAUCAGAGAGAGCGAAAUGAGGUUGGUCCAGGAGCAUCUGGGAGAGAAAGAGGUGGCCGUCUCCUUGACGAUAGACUUCCUGGAGGAAGAGGAUUUGGGAAAUUACUCCUGUUAUGCUGAGAAUGCCAUCGGGAAGAGAUAUGCCAGUGUCAUUAUCACCAGAAGAGAGCUGAUGUACACAGUGGAGCUGGCUGGAGGGCUGGGUGCUGUGCUGCUGGUGCUGGGGCUGCUCUUGUCUCUGUAUAAGUGCUGUCGGCUGGACAUCCUACUCUGCUACAGACAGUACUUCGGCAGCGAGGAGCCAGACAUGGAGGAUAAGGACUAUGAUGCGUACCUAUCCUAUAGUAAGGCGGAGCCUCAGUGGGGGGAGGAGCUUGAGGACGAGGAGAAUUUUGCAGUGCACAUCCUCCCUGAGGUGCUGGAACGGCAUUAUGGGUACAAACUCUUCAUCCCUGACAGGGACCUCAUCCCCACAGGCACCUACAUAGAGGACGUGGCGCGGUGUGUGGACCAGAGCCGUCGCCUGAUCAUCGUGCUGACACCGGGCUACGUGCUGCGUCGCGGCUGGAGUGUGUUUGAGCUGGAGGCGCGCCUGCGCAACAUGCUGGCCUCCGGCGACAUCAAGGUGAUCCUGAUCGAGUGCGCCCAGCUGCGCAGCCUCAUCAACUACCAGGAGGUGGAGGCCCUCAAGCAGGGCAUCAAGGCCCUGAGCGUGGUGCACUGGCAGGGGGAGAGCAGCUCGCGCCCGGGCUCCCGCUUCUGGAAGAGCCUGCGCCUGGAGAUGCCCUUCCGGCGCCCGCCGCGCCCCCUCGGCAGCAGGCAGCCGCUCGACGCCAGCGAGGCCGGGCCCUUCGGUGACCUGCGCAGCGUCUCUGCGGUCUCCAUGGCGACGGCGGCCUCCUCAGCCGCUGUGGCGACGGCCCCCCCGGACCUGCGCUCGUCGUCGAUGACCUCGCUGCGGGGAGCGGGGGCUGCGGAGCGCUACCAUGCGACGCUGCGGCAGAAGAACCCGUACCAGGCGCAUCAGCAGCGCAGCUUCGACGUGCCCUAUGAGGUGCCGCUGUCACGCGCCGGCACGCUGCCCCCGCAGCACACCUACUGCAACAUCCCGCUCACGCUGCUCAAUGGACAGCACACACACAUGCACACACACACACACACGCAGGUGCACGGCCACGCGCACACACACAUGCACGCGCACACACAGGGCAAGCCUCGGCCACAGAGACAGCGCAGCCUUGACCAGCCGUAUGCCAACCACCACGCCAUACUGCCUCUGUUGCCACGGGAGACCAGCGUGUCCAGCGUCAUCUGGUGACCACAGAGGAGUCCCACACACACACACACACACACACACACACACACACACAAAACAAACUACACACAGACCCACAUUCCAUGUUUGGAUUGUCACAAACUCCUGCUCGGAGACAUUAUAGACCUAUUUUUAGCUCGAGGGUGGGUGUGUUUGUGUGUUUGUAUGAGUACAUUUCUGUAUACCAAGGCCACUGGUUGACUGAAUUGAUUGAUCAAAGAAAUAUCCUAUCCGCACACGCAGUGACACACACACACACACACACACACACACACACUGAAUUAAAUGAUUACAAUGGAAAACAGGGUAUUGUACAGUAUUUGCUAUUUUUGUAGCAUCACUGUCUUCCUGGUUUUUUUUACUUGUAAAUUUGAUUGGAUGAUUUUCUUAAUACUUCAGUAUACCUUUUUUUGUGUUUUUUGUUUUGGACGGUUAUGGAGUGAGGGUUUGCUUGUGGAAUGUUUUUUGUUUCUUUUUUUCUUUUCAUCUUGACAUCGUGAAGUUUUGAGGAAUUUCUUAGCUAACAUUUAGACUGAACAUUAAGAUUUUCUUUUGGGGCUGUAAGUUUCAGUUUUAUUCCACAAAUUAAAUCAAUAUAUAGAUUAUGCAAAGAGAACAUCAAGAAGCCCGAAAUCUCUCUUUCUCUCUCUCUCUACAGAACCUCUCUCUCUCUCUCUCUCGCUCCUUCUUUCUCUCUUCCUUGUCAUGGGCUUCGUAUGUUUUCCACACAAACUCUUGUUGUGGGACAACAACGAUAUCAAACUGAGCUGAUGUCCCUCCAGAGUAUUUUAUAGAGAAGAAAUAUAUUUUUGUAAGAGAAAUGUCUUCUACUUGUCUGGGCAGGGGAGGGGAGGGGAGGGCCAAACUGAUUAGGAUGUUUUGCUAUUCAGUAUUAUAUGGGGGUUGUCAUCUUUUUUCUGACCAUAAAUUUGUGUCUAUAAUAGAAGUUGUUUUAAACAAUGGCCUUCCUAUCCAGGUUUCGAUGUUAAGUCAUGUUUGAGAAAAGUGAGUUUCAUUUAAAGGGAAAUGCUUUAGGACAUACAGAGGCUUCACAUAUUCAGCCGUAUAUAUAUAUAUAAUACAUAUUUAUAAAAAGCUUUAUAUUGUUUCACUCCAAAGGAAGAAAGAUUUUCCUCUUCUUAAGAGCUCUUCUUCUUCUGUUUUCUUAGUUAUGCACUGAUCAUUAAAACCAGACAAUGGA